CCGUCCGUGCAAACUGUAACGUACCGGUAUCCUGAGAGAAUUCGCUUUAGUGAGAAGAAUAACACGAAGUUUAACGUGUUAAAAAAUGUAACGGUUCGCUUAAGGGGCGUAUAAAGAAAAACGGGUCUACCUAUGAGACCGGUUUGCUUGAAACAGAAAAACAAUGUACGAAAAAGAUACUGAAGUUAUGCUUGUAACGUCAGCUUCCUUAAUUUACGGGAACUUGAAAGUGCAUUAUUCAAUAGAGGACGAAACACUACGAACAUUUGCCGUUAUUCAUGGCGGAUACAUUAAUAUCCUGAUAGCUCAUGGACCGAACGUAAGGCCAAAAUAUUUGCCAUGUAUAGAAAUGGGCACAAAACCAAAGCAUAUCACCGCUUAUGUAACAGAAGUGAAAUGGGCAUUCUUUGGCAACCGGUACCAUCUGUUGGUAACAUCGAACUUAGGAAUCAACGUUUAUGACCAAGAAGGUCAGAUCUUCAAAUUUACUCAUCCAUGCUGUGAUGGCCCGAGGUCUCCAGGAACUUUUGCAAGGGGCAUUGCAUUGAUAGGUGACCAGUUGCUCUGUGUUGGGAACAGUUCGGGCUAUAUCUACAUAUUUUGCUAUCCAGAUGAGGAGAGUUGUCAGGUACUGGAAGUGGUAAGGCUCUUUAAGGCACAUGAUCAGGCAGUGAUCUCAUUAGAGAGUGGCAGAAAAACGAUGAUUUCCACUGAUAACUCUGGUGUUAUUACAAUAUGGGCAAUUGACGACAGCAUGAGCCAUCUUGCUACUAUUCCCAGCUUCAGUUCAGUUUGCACGUCUUUGGUGAACUGUGACAGUGUGGUAAUUGCGGGGUAUCUCUCUGGCCACCUCCGCCUAUUUGAGAGCCCAUCUGGUCAGCUUCUUUAUGAUGUGACAGCUCAUGCACGUCCUGUCACAGCUCUCGACUUUACACCUGAAGCUGGAUUAUUGUUAUCUGUAUCGGAAGAUUCUUUUAUUAGAAUCUGGCAGUUGGAACCUGGUGAUAAAUUGGUUCAGCACAAGUCUACUGUACAUGUAAAGGACAGACUCAUAGUUGGCUGCCAGUUCUUGAACAGCAAGGGCACAGAGUUUUGCGUUUCAUGUUAUGAUUCAGCAGAAAUCCUUUGCUACAAAACAUAACAAUGAUGAUGAUAAUAAUAAUAAUGUCCACACUACAGCUACGAGAUUUUUACUUAUACAAAGGUCAGCAGGAUAACAUGAGAAACAUCUUGCACCAAGUCUGAGAAUAAAUCAUUCAAUGAACAUUUAGCCUUUCAUCAGGGGAAAAAAGGCUGAGUCAGUAAUGAAAAUCACAGUUUCAGUAUAUUCGUUGCAGUGAUAAUUAAGGUCUUUCAAAGGUAUAUGUUAUUUCAUAGAGUUUACAGAACUAAAAAGUUUUAUUUCAGCUGCAAAGCAGUGAACAGAUUCAAUGUUUUUGUAUCUGCAAGAAAGGAAGAAACAGGGUUACAAGCUUAAUUGGGAAAAGGAAUUGGCUAUGCCUUUUCAAAGAAACCAUCCCUGAAUUUGUCAUAAGCAAUUUUAGAGAAACCUUGGAAAACUUAAGCCCUUGUGUCCUGGAUAUAAGCUCAAUAUCUUACCCCUGUGAAGCCUCACUUGGUUUGUGUGUGUGGAAGCUAAGAACAUCUUAAGAUAUUGCCUAACAUGUGCUUUUGGGAGACUGAAUACUUUAUUAAUCACCAGAUCAUAUAAUUUGUCACUCAAAGGAGUAGGAGGAGACCAAAGAAAUACGGAAUACUGUACUGUGCUCUCUCCCAAGAAUAUUGAGCAUAUAAUGAAAUCAUGAGAGGAAAAGUUAAUUUAGUGUGCAACUUACAAGGGAACCUCCCCA